AUGGCGUCAAGCUCUACCGAGACGACUCCCUUGGUCUCGUCAAUGUCGAGCUCAAGUCGAGCGAUACCUCCCAAGCCUCAGCGAACUGUCACAUUCAACCCAACCGUCACAUCGACUAGUCCGAAACCACCGUCGCGGUCAAUCUCGCACAGCGCCUCCGCUUCCGGCCAUGGUGCCACUACCCAGGGUGGACAGCCCAUGCUUUCGACAUUGAACAGUAAGCUGCGGAGAAGGAACAGUUCUGGUGCGCCUGCCAGAAUCCCCCCCGCGCCGGUGCCCAAGAUCGGUCCCCAGAGAACGACGAGGACAGCCCAGAAACUCAAGCUCCUUCCCGACCCGGCCGCGGAUGAAGCCGAAGACGAAGAGAGCGGACGCGAUGUCUAUGUGCAAUACACCAGGAUAAAGGACCCCACAGCGCGAAGGGAUGCAGCCAGACUAGGAAAGGCAGACAGGGAGCGACUGCCAAGAGUGACGGCAUAUUGCACGGCCGCGUCGUACAAGCUCGAUGAAAUGAUGCGAUUUCUGAAAGGCAAGCAAAAGAUCCGAGGAGCCGCCCCGAAGCGCUUCGAUGAAUGCAUAUACUCGCCGUACAACUAUGGAUCAACAAAAGGCCCAGAAGACGUCAGCAGCACUGCUGUACUCGACGGCUUUACGGAAGAGAGGCCGAGAAGGUUCUCGGACAGCGCCAUUGAGGUGGAGCACGAGAACGAGAGAAGGAGGCAGGAUCUCAUCGACUUGCACGAGGAUGGCGAUGCGCCAGACAUUGCGAAUGAGCAAGCUAUUGGCCCUAGACGGCCGUCGAUCACCCACGCCGACUCGGAUCCGCAAAUGGACGCGCCAGAUUUCGAUACACGCGUGCAUACUCCGGAAGUGUUCUUGUUCGAGUAUGGCACUGUUGUCAUAUGGGGUAUGACGUUGCAAGAAGAGAAGAAGUUCUUGAAGGAAAUAGCCAAGUUCGAAGUCGACAAGCUCGGCAAAGACGAGAUCGAGACGGAAGAAUUCAACUUUUACUACACGCGCGAGUAUCAGGCCCGGAUAUACAACGACUUCAUUAGUCUACGCGACAAGAAGAACUACAUGAUCAAGCUGGCCAUCAGCCACGGCCUUUCUCAGAGUGUCAAGACAUCGCUUUUUGAGGAUCUAGUAGACAACACUAUCGAUGAGACAAAAGACAUCCCGGCCGAGAUCGCUAGCUCUGGCAAGAUCAACCUGAACAAAAAGCAAAUCAACAUGCAGAUAGGAGAGCUCUUCAUCCUCCGUAUUAGUAUACAUCUGCAAGGAUCGGUUCUGGACGCGCCAGAGCUUAUGUGGGCCGAGCCACAGCUAGACCCUGUGUACCAAGCCGUGAGAAGCUAUCUGGAAAUGGAUCAGAGAGUCAGUCUUUUGACCGAAAGACUGAACGUCAUUGGGGACUUGCUUGCUGUUCUCAAGGACCAAUUGACUGUGACGCACGGCGAAUUGCUUGAGCGGACGAUCGCAUUGUUAAGCUAUCUUCCCAAGCAAGGCGGAGCUGGUCAUCUCCGCCCGCUGAACCCUGUCGCGCCCCAUCUUUCCCUAUGCGACCCUUUUGAGCAUUUCACCGCAUGCUGUCGCCCUCCACCCGUACUGAGCCCCAAUGAGCCGUCCCAGAUGAGUUGGAAUCUGCUAGAGCGCUUUAUAGAAUCUGAGCACUUCAACCAAGAUCCGAGCCUCGCAGUAGCAUACCUUGCCCGGUAUGCCGAUCACGUCGGAAUCCACUAUGUGCUCUGUUCGAAGCUGCGCCAGUUCGCGUACGAGGAGCUCGAGUUCUUCCUCCCGCAGCUAUGUCACCUGCUCAUCAGCAUCGACAACGAGUCCAUGGCUCUGGAGGAAUUCAUAAUAGACUUGUGCGAGGAGUCGGUCAACGGCGCGCUUCUGACAUUUUGGCUAUUCCAGACCUAUCUCCACGAUCUCGCAAGCGCCCCCAACUCCAUCGCCUUCAAGACAUGUCGCCGAAUCUACAACCGGGUCCAGCGCAUCGUCUUCGGAUCCGCCGAGCCGCAGCGCCGAGAGAAGAUCAAGGAGAACGUACUUCCCGUCACCGUGCUCUCCAGUCUGGUCCUUGCGAGCAUAGCCGCACCCUUUCUCCCAGCUCACGCCGGCCCUCUGGCAAUUGCGCAGGCGCGGAAACCCAGACCCGUCGAGGACAUCAUCUCGGAUAACGUGCAGACGGCCAAGGUCGGAAGGAGCAAGACUGUCACGGGAGGAUCGUCAAGAAGCAAGGAGAAGAGGGUAGCCGCCCAGCACUCAGACCCCGAAGAUGGGCGCUCCAUCAAGGCUUCGUCUUCGCGACCCCGCGACCCCAAAGAGCUGAGGAAGGCGGCAGCGCGGCCACCAGCUGCUCAACGGGCCCCUUCGAUGCAACACCGCCCUUCCUUGUUGUCAAUAGCGUCAGAAGCCCGGCUCAGCUCGUCAUCGUUACCCGACUUCCGAGACGGCAAAUCGUCCCCCCUCCCUACUCCCCCAGCGACUGCUGGUUUAGGACCAGGCCCACUUCAACAUGGCUUACGCAAGUCGGGACUACCACCAAGGCCUCUUACACCUACUGCCUUGACCCGUACCCAGAAAAUUCGACUUCUACGAUCCAACUACUUCCGCAACGAAACCCAGUUCCUGAGCGCUCUCGAGGACAUCUCAAAUCGCUUGGUUGUUGUUCCAAAACCCGCACGGUUGAGCGCGCUGAGAGCCGAGCUAGCGUUGAUAGAUCAGGACUUGCCAGCCGAAGUAGACAUACCUCUAUUAUCGCCUCCGACUCUCAAGGACGGGAUCCCGUCGCAAAGCCAGCAUCACCGUAUAGUGCGCAUAAACCCCGCGGAAUCAACUAGUCUCAACAGUGCAGAGCGAGUACCUUACCUGCUCAUGGUUGAGGUUCUGGAGGAGGAUUUUGAUUUCGACCCAGACACCGAACAGAAUCAGCAGUUGCUCGAGAAGCUGAUGCUAGAGAAGGGCACCUCGAGAAGACGUCUUUUCGACAUUACCAAUGCCGAGUAUCUUGCAUUCGAUCGCACGCCGCCCAAUGGAUCCGACAGUGUGUUCGAGCCUGCUACUGGAGACCUGGGUAGUACCUCACUCAUCAAGGAUAUGGAUGAGAACGACAUUGCGUCUGGAAUGGCGCGCGUGACAUUACCUAGUGCAACCGCCAAUGGAAAGGCCACAGCCCCAAGGUCUUCAAGCGGAGCGAACACUCUAUCUUCAGUGGCUACCCUUUCUACGCCACGAACGUCCGACUCGCAAAUCAGCAGAUCGAACAGCCCUGGCCCUAUCAGGCGUAUGACAAUUCCAGCAAACCUCAAUUCACGGAACCAGGCCGUCGACCAACCAGACUUCUCGGCCCUCGCAACCCACAUGCGCACUGCUGCUCAGAUGCUCGCACAACUUGAAGCAAGCGGCGCAAAACGGCCAAAGGGCGAGGUGGCAGCCAUCAAAGCCAAGAUCAUUGCUAGUAUGCAGACAUUGGAAGAGCAAAACUUCUUGAACGAGGAUCAGGGACCAACAUUUGACACAAUCAUGGCAGAAUCAGAUCCAACAGCAAUCACAGGCGAACCAGAAGAGCUUGAAGAUGGUCUACCGGUCGCGACCAACUCGGGUGCAGGUGCAGCUCGUAUGGAGAAUGAUCUUAAGACGGGUGGUAUGCGGCGGAAGGGUGACCGUGACGAUCCCAGUGCCGCGACUUUCGGUGAAGAAUGGAGUGCAAAACGAGAACGGAUACGACGGUCCUCACCAUACGGCCACAUGAAGAACUGGGAUCUCAUCAGUGUCAUUGUCAAGACAGGUGCCGACUUACGUCAAGAAGCCUUUGCCUGCCAGCUCAUCGACGUUUGCACCAAGAUUUGGGAAGAAGCAAAUGUACCCGUCUGGACAAAACGCAUGCGCAUCCUCGUCACAGGCGAAUCCUGCGGACUCAUCGAAACCAUUACAAACGGCGUGUCUCUCCACUCGCUGAAGCGAAGCUUAACACUAGCCAGCAUAGCAGCAGGCACCAACCCCCGCAAACGCAUCGCGACCCUGAAAGAUCACUGGCUCAAGACCUUUGGCGAACCAGACUCGGAAGCUUAUAUUGCGGGUGUAGGUUGCUUUGCCCGCUCCCUCGCUGCCUACAGCAUGAUUUGCUACGUGCUGCAGCUCAAAGAUCGCCACAACGGCAACCUCCUCAUCGACAACAUGGGCCACAUCAUCCAUAUCGACUUUGGCUUCAUGUUGUCCAACAGUCCCGGCAGCAUGGGUUUUGAAGCCGCGCCUUUCAAGCUAACGCAAGACUACGUUGACGUGCUAGGCGGUGUGACAGGCCCUGCGUUCGAAGAAUUCAAGACGUUGUGUAAAAAGGCGUUCCAGGCGCUGAGAAAGGAUGCAGAGCGGCUGAUUAUGCUAGUUGAUCUCAUGAGUAAGAAUAGUAGUAUGGAUUGUUUCAAGGCGGGUGCGCAGACUGUGACGAACAGUCUAAGGGCGAGAUUGAUGCUGCAUUUGAGUAGGGAGGAGGCUGAAGGGUUCGUCGAGGAGCUGGUUGCGAAGAGUGUGGGAAGUUAUUAUACCCGACUUUACGAUACUUUCCAGUACCGCACACAAGGCAUAUAUUAA